GAUUGGUAUUGGGAAGUUUUUUUAUUGCCGUAAUAAAGAAGGAUCACUCCCGUACAUCGCAAUUUUAUCGGGUAUCAAGACGUGAUCGGUUUUUAGAAGGGUACGAUAUAAUGUAGGUUCAAUGAACCAGUAUGCUAGACGGUGGAUUUCAUAGGAUCAGAUGGAUUCGUAUUUCUCUACUACUGGCCAUUUUGCUUUUACUUGGAGUCAUUGUACAACAAAUGUUUACAGAUACAUAUCAACAACAUGAAGAGCUGAUCAAAUCAGGUCCAUCUAAAGCUGUACAACAAGGUCAAGGUGCGGUUCAGCCAAACAACAGAGCAGCGUUUACUUCCGAACCUUGGAAAACUAGAUUGGCUACAUUACAGCGGGGCUGUGCAUCAGGAACGGACGGGUACAAGCUAACAUCUAAACAAGUGACACAGCGGUAUUACAAUUCUGAUCGAGCUGGUUUCUCCGUCUGUAAGGUGCCAAAGGCUGGCAGUACAUUCUGGACAAUCGUGUAUGUGAUUUUGGAAAAGAGACAAUCAGCAGAAAAGGUUUUUUCGAUGCCGAGAAACUCUCUGCACAAUAUGGGUAAUAAUAUGGGGUCUCGUGAGCCGGCAAUAGGCUCCCAUUUGAAUAUAAUUAUUUCACGAGAACCGUACUCAAGGCUGUUUUCCGGUUUCAUUGAUAAGAUUUUUCUUCCUGGGCAAAUGGGACAUUCAAAAGGAAAACAUUCUCGUCUUGGAAGGUACAGCGUAAACGGAUUUACAUGUGGCUUUAAUAAAAGUUUUUCAGAAUUUCUAGAUACUGUUACCGAACACGCUUUCAGUGGAGGCAAGAUUGAUCGACACUGGUCGCCAGUCUAUCUGUUAUGUGAUGCAUGCAAAGUAACCUACCAAGCAGUUUCUCACACGACCACAUUGACAGCCGAUACAGAAUACAUUGUGAACAAUUUAAAAGUUUCGGAUAGUGAGAAAAAUUCUUUAAAGCGAAUGUUCCACAAAAAGGAAAUGAAUCAGACUCUCAAAGGAUUACUUGAAGAUUUAGCGCGUGUGACAAAACCGCAAAGAAAGAAUUGUCCGGAUCGAAUAGUAUAUGUAUAUCGACUAUGGCAAUCCCUUCAGAUACAGGGCUAUUUGCAUACUCAAAGUACAUUUCCAUGGGAAUUUUUCAAAAACGAAACGAAUUUGGAAGAUCAUCUUAUCAUUAACCGGAUAAUUGACGCGAUGACAAAGCGCCCUGUAUCGAGCAAACAAAGGGCGUUACAACGGCGUGCUGCCUUGGUAUCUGCAUACCAAACUGUAGGAAAAGAAACUAUCCGACGUGUUCAGCAAAUGUUUAUGAUGGACUUUCGUUUAUUUGGUUAUGAUAUGAACCCUCCAUCGUGAAUGCUUUUUGUAUCGAUAUAUAUUUUAUAAACAGUUCUGAUAAUUUCUAA